GGUUAAUGUAAAUUAAAUAUUAAAAAUGGCGAUACUUGAAAUACCAAUAGAAAUGCUAAAGAAAUCCAAGAAAAGAAAAAGUAAGGAAAGAUUGCGUGAAAUUAUAAAGAAACAAAGAUUAUCAUCGCAUAAAAUAGGGCUUGGAUGUAACUGUAUAAGGCUGAAAUGUUUUCAUAAUGUUAAAGAAGAAGAUAGAAAAGUGUUAACAAGAUAUUUUAACUCUCUAUCCAGCAAGGAUGCUCAAGAUUCGUAUCUUGCAAGUUUAAUAACUUUAAAUAACGUUUCAAGAAGAAGACCACGAAACAUUAAUUCAAAAGGUUAUAAUAGCAGUUACACAUAUAGACUUUUUAUUACAAAUCACGAGAUAUUUGCGAGUUCGUUUGUUUAUGUUUGUUUUUCUGCGUUUAUUUCAAUCUUUGGCAUAAAGAAGGGAAGAUUGGAGACCAUUAAAAGAAGCCUUUUAACUACAGGUCACUCUCCCCAUGAUAAAAGAGGUAAACACAAGAAUCAGUAUAACAAUUUUACUCCUCAACUAAAAAAUAAAAUAUGUGAUCACAUUUCUUCUUUCAGAGGUAGAGAGUCCCACUACUCUCAAAAAAAAACUAGGCGACUAUAUCUUCCUCAAAUAUAA